AUGAAGUUUAUUCUUGCGCUGACUGUAAUGGCCGCCUCUGCCAUGCUCAACGAAACAUCUGUGUCUCGCCAACUUCAAGCGACACCCCCGCCGUACUGCUGGCUCGGCUCGUAUGCCCGUGGCGUUGGCACAGUGCCCAAGUUAUGCGCGCAAGGCCAAGAACUCAUAGGACUCCUUUGCUACGACAAUUGCCCGUGUGGGAUGUCACGUAAAGGCCUAGAUUGCCACUCGGACUGCCCCAAAGACAUGGCGGACCAAGGCCUCUUUUGCCGCAAGAAGGAGUACGCUCGAGGCGCUGGCUACCCUUGGAAAAUUGGCGACGCUUUUGAUGACGACGCCAUGUUCAAACGUUGCGAACACGACAACGGCGGCCGCGACACGUGCGAGAAGUAUGGCCUUGUUGUGUACCCGAAAUGCAAAGAGGGGUUCACCUCCUUUGGCUGCUGCAUGUGCCGCCCCAGUCCACCAGACUGCGAGAAGCUUGGGCUGGCCGGCAGAAUCGGCCUGUCUUGUGCAAAGAAAAUAAUCAUCGGGAGUCCCCAUUUGCGUACGUGUGCACCGUACGAAGAGCUUAGCGCUGGGUUGUGCUACAAAAAGUGUUUGAAGGGCUUCCAUGGUAUCGGGCCGAUCUGCUGGAACCGCGCCCCGCCUGAAUGGUUCCAGUGUGGCACGGGAGCCACCAAGACCUCGGAGGAAUGCGAACAAAUCAAAACUGACAAGAUCUUAUCGGUCGCGUCGUUGGUGCUCAAAAUUACCACGGAGUUCUCGUCAAGCUCAGAAGAGCCUGGAACUCCAUCAAGUCCACGUCCGUCGUUCAAAACGCCUUGA